GUGCGCCAUCCACGCCAAGCGUGUGACCAUCAUGCCCAAGGACAUCCAGCUGGCCCGCCGCAUCCGCGGGGAGAGGGCGUAAUUGUACAGUUCCUGGCAUGAACCAAAGGCUCUUUUCAGAGCCACACACGGUUUCAAAUAUGUCCGGUCGCGGCAAAGGAGGGAAAGGCCUGGGCAAAGGCGGCGCUAAGCGCCACCGCAAAGUCCUGCGCGACAACAUCCAGGGGAUCACUAAGCCCGCCAUCCGCCGCCUGGCCCGGCGCGGAGGAGUGAAGCGCAUCUCCGGCCUCAUCUACGAGGAGACCCGCGGUGUGCUGAAGGUGUUCCUGGAGAACGUAAUCCGCGACGCCGUCACCUACACGGAGCACGCCAAGCGCAAGACCGUCACUGCUAUGGACGUGGUCUACGCGCUUAAACGCCAGGGCCGCAGGAGCCCUGGGUCAGUCCAUGUUUCUUCUUUCGGUAGUGAAAUGGCUCGUACUAAGCAGACCGCUCGCAAGUCCACCGGCGGCAAAGCCCCGCGCAAGCAGCUCGCCACCAAGGCUGCCCGCAAGAGCGCCCCGGCCACCGGCGGCGUGAAGAAGCCCCACCGCUACCGUCCCGGCACCGUUGCUCUGCGCGAGAUCCGGCGCUACCAGAAGUCCACCGAGCUGCUGAUCCGCAAGCUGCCGUUCCAGCGCCUGGUGCGCGAAAUCGCGCAGGACUUCAAGACCGACCUUCGCUUCCAGAGCUCGGCGGUCAUGGCCCUUCAGGAGGCCAGCGAGGCCUACCUUGUGGGUCUGUUUGAGGACACCAAUCUGUGCGUACUCACAACCAUGUCUGGACGUGGUAAAGGUGGUAAAGGCCUUGGGAAAGGUGGCGCUAAGCGUCAUCGCAAAGUCCUGCGCGACAAUAUCCAGGGCAUCACAAAGCCCGCCAUCCGCCGCCUGGCCCGGCGCGGAGGAGUGAAGCGCAUCUCCGGCCUCAUCUACGAGGAAACCCGCGGUGUGCUGAAGGUGUUCCUGGAGAACGUGAUCCGCGACGCCGUCACCUACACGGAGCACGCCAAGCGCAAGACGGUCACUGCCAUGGACGUGGUCUACGCGCUUAAACGCCAGGGCCGCACACUCUACGGCUUCGGUGGUUAAACUGCUAAUGCGCUUUCCUUAGCUGUUGCAAAAGGCCCUUUUCAGGGCCACCCACGAACUCAUUCAAAGGGUUGUUCACUUUUCGAAGCUUCUUUGCUCUGGAGCAUGCGAGGUAGCAUAUAAGCGGUGUCCUAUGCUAUACUCUGGUUGGAUGUUCACAGCUAGAAAGUAAGACUGUAAUUCUAAUCCAUAACCAUGCAGCUUUCUUAUAUACCCUGUAUCAUUAACUAAAGGUUUUGAGUAGAUAGUCCUGAACUGAAGUAUUAACAAUGCUAAGUGACUACCUAACUUUGAAAGGCUCCCUUCUAAUAAGUGAGCCCAGUUUCUCAGUGUUUCCUUGUAAAUAACCUUCAGUCAAUUUACUUCCACGUACCUGUCUCUAAACUUGCGCCAUCCAAAUUGCCAGCUCAAAAGAGCAGGAGCCAUUUUGUCUAAGGCAAGGGCUAACUACAAAAACCGAAGACAUGUUUAACUGUUACUCAUUGUAUACAACUAAUAAGGCCUAAAUACACAAAAGUGUUAGGGACCGCCUGUUGAUAGUGUUUAUGCACAAACUGCAUGGUUGUCCAAUGGCUUGAUAUUUUAAGUUCGUGCGGGUGUGCCGUGUUUGCCCUCUGCCUGAAGCGAGAAUCAUAUUUUCAGGAAGCUGGAGUUAGCAGUUGUGAGCCACUUGUGUGUUCUGAUAUACAAACUUCUUUAAAGGCAUCAAGUAUUCUUGACAGAACAAUUUCUCAAGCCACCCUGCUAAAUGAUCUUUUGUCACUCCUCAUACAAAGGCCUAAAAUAAAUGUAAAUUUAAUAUUUGUGGCCCACUUUAAUCCAUAAAACUGUUAAAUGACUUUAAAAACUGAGUUGUUUACAUUCUUCAUCCCAGACUCCCGGUACUGUUUUUGUUAUGUUGGAGCGUUGAACUCAAACCCUAACAUUUUCAUAAUAAAUAAAUAAAUAAAUAAAUCCUUAAUUUUUAAUAUGGCUCUUGUCAGUUUCAUGAAGCCUACAUGCUAUUUUCAUAAAAUACACAAUACAUUUCAACAAUAACUGUUAGAUCAAUAGUAUUAAACUACUUUCUAAGUGGAACAAAAAAUGAAUCUUUGUUGACACAUCGCACAAUUGCAAUAACUUCAAAGACAUUUUAGUUUCUUAGGAACUGUUGUAUUUUUUUAAUCCAUCACUCAGGAAAUAAAAAUCCAACUCAAGAAAAAUGUAUAAACUCUAGCUUAGUCACUGAAUAUCUGGGUUCACAGUGGUGCUAUGAAAGCCUGGACGCCAGUCACGGGUGUUCUAAUGAGUAAAUUUAAGUUCAGUAUUUGAUCAGAGUGGCCAGCUACUACUGAGGUCAUCUCUUUUUGAUACGGUGGCAUUUCUAGGAUGAAAUGCAUCCAUUUUACAUUUUAAUGGUGAUCUUUAUUCUAGAAUGAAAGACAUGUUACAAUGGUGACCUUUACUCUAAUGUAAAGCCACAACCAAAUAAACUACACAUAGGGACCUCCUAGGUUUCCACUCUAGGGUUUAAACAGCAGGUCGACCUAAGUGACUGCCCACCUCUAACUUUUGCUCAGUGUUUGGCCAUUUUAAGAAGUAUGUAAGUGGCUCUUAAAAGAGCCUUUGGGUUUUUGAAAACUGGCUUUGAAACUCACUUUCUUCCUGCUGCCUUCCUUAGGUCGGUCUUCUGCAUGACCAUCUUUGACUUCCCAGAGUUGGAGUUGGUUGCCCUCGCUUUGGCGGGGCUUUUGCGCUGUUGCAAGCCCUUGGCCCCUUUGGUCUUCCUUCUGCUCCCAGAACCCUUUGUGGGCGUAGCUUUUGGCUUCUUGACAACCUUGGUCUUACUACUCUUGGGGGAUCUCGAGGCCCUGGACAAGCCCAGUUUCUUAGCCUUGGCAGAAGCAGAUUUCUUGCCCUUGCCCUUGUCGUUGCCUGAAGCUGCCUUCUUGCUAAGCUUGAAGGAGCCUGAGGCUCCGGUGCCCUUGGUCUGCACCAGGACUCCCUUAUUCACAAGUCUCUUGAGGGCCAGCUUGAUACGACUGUUGUUCUUCUCCACGUCAUAGCCAGCCGCAGCCAGGGCUUUCUUCAGGGCAGCAAGGGACAUUCCUGCCCGUUCCUGAGACAUGGAAAGGGCCUCAGGAAUCAACUUGGAAACCGAGAAACCCCGAGGUUUGCGAGCAGUGGCCAUGCCAGGCUUCUUCCCUCGCCUUUUAGUUGCAGGUUUCUCUACAGGAGCUGGAACAAGAGUACUUGAGGCUGCAGGAGCCGUUUCCGACAUAGUCAAGAGCUGGUCAAGAACUACACCCAAUUAAAAAAAAAAGUACAGGAGAGCGAACAGCGCUGGAGUAGAGAGGGGGUCCGGGGGGGGGGCCUUAUAUAGAGCAGGGCGCGCUGUGAUUGGUGCAUCCCUAGGCGCCUCCCCCGCCCCUGGGGAAGGGGCAUUUGUGUUUCUUUUCCCCCAAAAAGUAGAAACUUGCAUGUGUGCUCUCUGCAGAAUCGCUCAGGUUAUGACACCAGGUGACCCACGGGAACUUGGAUUCCACCUGACUUUUUACCCUUUAUUGACAAAUGUUCCUGCAUGUCAGAACUAGUGGGAAACGCCCUUGAUUUUCAAUCAAAUUCAAAAAGAAGAAGAAGACUUUCUCUUUUUCUUGCUAAUUCAAAAGUAACUUUUAGUAGAAAAUGUAUCCAACAUCUUGGGAGGGGUCUUCUACAUAUGUGGCUUCUAACUAGUGAAGAAAAUCAAUUAUGCAGGCCCUAAUUCUCACUGAAAUUAUAUAUAUACCUGACAGAAGUAACACAGAUGUCUUGACUAUCUCACUGUGGAAUUAGACAGUGUUCCUAGAAUUAUCCCAAAACGCCAAGGUGUGGUCUUCUUGAAGGGAGAAUGGCCUAAUAAACACUCCACAGAUCGUGUGAGAGGCACGCUGUUUCCCCUGAAUCUUAAGAAAAGGGCUUUGGAUGCGGUUAUAAGCAUCUUACCAAUAACAUCUAUAUAGUCAAAUCAUCCAGCCUCAAGGCUGUUAUCAAAGGAGUUUGGUACUCCUUUCCAACUGAACACCACAAUAGUCCACUUCCUGUGACAUCAUCCCACAUUACAACAGCUUCCAAUGUCGUAUCUACCUCUAGAUGAACAGAUGCAGUGCCUACCCUUAAUUUAAAAAUUAUAAAGCUGGAAUCAGAUUUCACAAUCUCUUAAUAUGGCUGGGCUGGUAAACAUGUCUACAUAUGUGUUAGAGAAAUGUUCUUUCCAGGGCUUUAUCCAUGGUACAUGUCUAGAAAUAAGAGUGCUUACAGCUGGGCAUGGUGGCAACUUGCUGGCAAUCCCAGCAUGAAGAAGGGAGGAUUGCUGUGAGUUUUGAGGUCACCUUUAGCUAGAAAAUGAAAACAUGUCAAAAGAAGAAGAAAAAAAGGAGGGAACAUGAUACUCAAGUAGAAGGGAGGCCUAAUUAAGCUAGUUCAUUAUGGAGAAUGCUAAGAUGGGGUAGUGUGAUUAUAUCAACUGAAGUAGAGCAUAAAGUCCAAUGCAGCAGUCAUACAGUCCGAGUUCUUUUGGGAGAUAACUACCCUUGUGAGGCAGAGAUCUCUAUGUUACAGAAAAGUUCAAGAUAAUAUGAGGAAAAGUUGUUUAUUAAGAAAAACUGGGGGGGGUGGUGGUAAGGGGGAAGUAUGGGGGGAAUACCCAUAUAGGGGAGGGGGAGGGUAGAGGAUGAGGGCUAAUGGACAGGAAACCGGGAAAGGGAAUAACAUUUGAUAUGUAAGUAAAGAAAUAUAUCUAAUAAAAAUUUUUCAAAAGAAAAAGAAAAACAUGAGGGUGGGUAGGUGCCUAUGUCUCAGGAAAACAUUUGUACUUUUGUCUUAACAGUUAAUUGACUAGGCCUGGUGUGCCGAACUGUAACCCUAGCUACCUGAGAGAUGAUCCAAGUUCAAAGCAAACCUAAGCUAUAGAGUAAAUAAACUGCAUAAGACACUGUCCCCAAAUAAAAACCAUGCAGAAUACACUGGGGAAGAGUCUUGGUAGUAAAGCACCUGUCUAGUAUGAGGUAGAGCCUACAUUCAACUCUAGCACUGCAGGUGUGUGUGUGUGUGUGUGUGUGUGUGUGUGUGUGUGUGUGUGUGUGUGUGUGUGUUUUGUGAGUUUUGAACUUACAUUGAUCAACCAUGUUUAAAGUUUAAUAAAGCAAUUCAAAAUUAAUGAAAUUUUAUGAGAUGUUACUUGUUUCCUUGUUUCUCUUCAAGAAUUUCCUUUUAGGAAUAAACUCACAGCGUUGUUUAUCAGAGACUGUUCAGUGAUGAGAGGGGAGGGCUGGCAUUUGUGCUCAAAGUCACAUGUUUGUCCUUACGCAGUUUGUGAGUUGUCUUGUUACUUAUGUUUGAGAUGUUUAUAUUGAAACUUGAAUUUCAAAUGGUGAAAACCAUAAACUAGAUCUUGGAGUUGAGGUGGAGGUGAAGGUUCCAGAGUCAUAUCUCCUGAAUUUCCUCUUUUGUCCUUUAUUACCAGAGCUCAGGAUCUGAAACCAAGGAAAUCCCACUAGGGCUGUUUGUGACAGUUCCUAAAUAUUUGUGCAAAAGAUGUGCUGAUUAUUCUUUGUCCCAAGAACCAUCAGAAGGUCAAGAAUAUUAUCCAUUUUGUUACAAUAUUUAUCUAGGCUUUAUUGUUUUACAUCAAUAUCAACAACACUACUGAUGAGGACUGAAUGUAUAAGGUUGGGGCUCUCUUGCAGGAACCUCAGAAUUCAAAAAGCAGUUUCUAAGGAAGCAAUGUGGGGAAAAAUCUACAUCUGAAGUAUUUCUGAAAUAAAAACUGAAGGCCAAGAAAUCAAAUUUCUGGUUGCGAGAUGACAAAACAUCUUUCUCUUUCUGUUUCUCUCUCUCAGGAUGCACAGGUAGGUAUGCACAAACACACACACACACACACACACACACACACACACACACACACCUAUACACUUCAGAAAACAAGGAAGGUAUCUUAAUAAAUUAUCUGGAUUCAUAUAUGUUAUUUUAGUCUGUUUCACUUGGAAAAACAAAACAAAAACAAAUGAAUACAAAACCCCAAAACACAAAACCUACCAGUUGAGAGUCACAGACUGAUUUCCACCUGGCAGUGUAAUCUUCCACCAGGAAAAUAACACCCUGUGUAUUUGACAUCCAUUUGGUUUCUCUGACUGUUGAUCACACAAAAUUUCUAGGUCAUAAAUUAUCAAUGGCAUACCAGCAUCAGGUGGAGCUUUACAGAUUGGCAGAAUAUAUUCUUCUAUUUCUUUAAAAGUAACAUAGAACUAAUGAAUUUAUUGAAGACUUAGGUUCUAUAAUUUAAAAUCAAGAAAGAAAAAAAAAAAAAACCUUGGAUUCGUAUUUUGCCCCAGGCAGCUGAAAACAUUAAAAAAAAAAAAAAAUCACAUGCACAAAGUUGGCCAGGUUUGAUUUGUUUCCCAGCAUAGUCAAGGCUGCCCUUCAACUCCCAGUCCUCUUGCCCCAGCCUUUUCGGUCAGUUAUGGGGUUACAAGUCACAGUCUGUAGGAUGAUGUCAUUAUACAGGUGAAGGCAGGUAUAGGAUAGAAUGAGGCCUGUCAUUGGACAAGAAGGAAGGAUGGGUGGAAGAAAAGUUUUAGAGAGGAGGAGGAGGAGACUGGAUCGAGGGAGGAGAAACCAGCUGAGAGAACAUGGAGGCAGAUGUAAGAUUCCUCUCUGCACAUUUAUAGGUUGUUAUGAAUAUUCUUAAGGGAUGGAUAUGUACAGGGCUUUGUAUGUCUAGAUGAGCAAAUUAUAUUAUUGGAUCAGAGGUUAUUGUGUUGUGUGUUCUUUCAUGAGGUGAUUUAAUUGAAUUUAAGAGAGUGUGUGGUGGCUAGAGACGUUGGGCCAUCACUGGAUUGGGAUAUGUAUGUCUGGCAUGGUGGCAACCUGCCUUGAGAACUAGAUGGGUAGAAAGAUUAUUGCCAGGCUCAGAGAGUAGCCAUUGGCAGUGUGAUAUAGGAUGGAGCAAAGCGGGGGAGACGCUUUGCCAACUGAGAUGAAGAUAUCUAUCAGAUAUAGUGGGGCACUAUCGUGCCAGAUAAAGUGCAGGUUAAAAGAAACCAUUUAUUUUAAUUUUACAGCAACAACUGCCUCCACCUCCUCCUCUUCUUCCUCCUCCUCUAUCUAUCAUCUAUCUAUCUAUCUAUCUAUCUAUCUAUCUAUCUAUCUAUCUAUCUCUCCCUCUCCUUUUCCUUUUGAACAAUAGUACUAGGGAUUGAGCACAGGGCCUUCCACACAGCAUACAUGCACUCUAGUUACAUCCUUAGUCUGUCCAUUUCAGUUGCUUGAUCCUCCCCUCAAGUUAAAAAAAAAAGUGAAGAUUUAUAAAUAACAAUUUGUGAUUUGUACAUUCGUAUUCCACAAAAAUAGGGACUCAAAGUAACUAAAAACACAAAGCAAUUACAUAAGCAUUGAUGCAUAAAUCAUGAUUUCUAAACAUAGUUACUUAAAAUUACAUUCUUAUAACAUGAUGCAGUUCUGUUUUACAUGACUUAUUUAUUAUAUAUACAUCAUAUAUAUCCACACAUCACAAAUACUUAAAAGUUUUCUUUUGCUAGGAGCAUUUUAAUUUUGCUAAGAGUAUUUUAUUUUCCUACUCAUGUGUGUCGUUUUAUCAUGAAUUUCUACAGUGAACAUUUUUAUAGAAUUUCUAGUCAGAUGCUUAUCGGUUGUUCCUUGAGUUUUGAAAACAUGGCGGCUAAUCUGCUAGUAUCAGCCAUUUCCACUGUCUCGUUUGUCAGAGGAUACAGCAUCCAGCA